AUGAUUAACUCAUAAUCAUAACCUAUUCACUUAAAUUAAAGUGCCUUUCCUAUAAGCGAACCAACCUUGGAGUAGAUCAAUAAAAAGCAAUAUGGAGACACUCUCAAACAAUAGAUUGAAUAAAAAAAGAUGAGACAAUAAUAAGAAAAGAUUUAGGAAAGACUUUUGGUAAUAGAUGACAAUAAUUUAAAAGGAAUUGUAGUUGGCAAAUGGUCAAACAAAUUCUGGAAGAGGAGGGGGAGGAGCACCUUUAAGAGAUCCAUAUGGAAAUAUAACUGUAAAUAAUAAUCAAUACCAUUAUCAUUAGACUACAAGGAAGAAUCCCAUGGAUCCCAAUUUAUAAUCAGCCUAAUUAUUUGGUCCAUCUAAUUCUUCAAUAUCAUCAAGCCAAUUUGAUAAUAAUGCGAGCUUAAGUUAAUUUCCUUCGUAAUAAUAAAGACUCAUUACUUCAAAUCAAAGUAUGGUUAAUUUAUCAGUUUCUAAUAAUGUAUAAAAUUGAUUAAAUUAGAGUAUGAAUCAAAGUUAAUUGAGAUAAAUUGGGGAAUAGAUUGCUUUUAAUGAGAAAAGAUAAAAAUAAUUUUUUUUACAAAGAGAAUUAGUUUAAUAAAUGGAAGAGGCUGAAAGGAAAAAAAAAGAAGAAAAUUUGAGAAUUAAAAGGGAUAAAGAACUGGAUGAUUUGAGAGUAAUAAGAGAGAGAGAAGAAUUGGAAAGAAAAAUGAGAGACGAAUUUGGAAUUGAUAAACUCGAAAAAAGAAAUUUAUAAGAAACCAAUUUUGAUGUGGAUGGCUUGAAAGCAUUGAAAAGAUUAGAAAUGUUAAAAUAUUAAAAUGAGUUAAUUGAAUAAUAGAAUAGAAAGAAUGCCAAAAAAGGUGUACGAUAAAGAACUCCUGUGUAAGAUGCAGAGAGAAACAAUAAGGAUUAAUAAAAUGAUUUAAUGAAAUCUAGAAUUGAAUAAAGAAUAAUAAAAGAAUUACCUAUUGAAGUUGAAAAAACUGUCAGAGAUACCAUUAAUGCUGAAUUGUAAAGAUUAAGAUAAGAAAUGAAUCUUCAAACUAAUUAAGUUUCUGAAUAAGUAGUUUAAUUGAAAGGCUAAUUACUAAAAGCAAAUGAGAAUAGACAUUAUAAUGAAGAUUAAUUAAGAAGAUUAAAAGAAGAAUUAAGAUAAACUUAAAUUGUAGAUGAAAUUAGGCAAAGAGAGCUUUACCAAGCCUUUUUAAGUUAGGAUAAAACUCGAUAAAUAAUUGAUACCACAUAAAGAUUAAUGACUCCAGAAGCUAUGAAAUUUACAUUUCCAAAAAGACCAAGGCCUUAUUACAAUUUAUCAGAUCCAUAUUUAGGCACCAAUGAUGAAGCAAACAAAGAUCUUAAUUAGAUAUUUAAUGAUACUACAUAAAUGGUACCGGUUUCUUAUGAUUUUGGAAGCAACAAUUAUGAUAAAGAUAAAAUAGAGGAUAAGAUGCUUUAUUCGAAAGAGGAAAUGACAGAAAAUGGAAGAUUAGGUGUAGAAAUGAAUCCAAAUGAUCUACAAAUGCCUGAAGAUUAUCUGAAUAGGCAAAAACUCUAUGUUGCUAAAAAGUAUGUCGAUACUCGUCCUGGGAAUAAUUAUGAUUUGACAAACUAUGAUAAAGCAUCGAUUUCUCCAUAAACAAAUUACGUUUCUCUAAUUAGUAGUACUCACCCUCAUUAUAUUAUGGAAGAAGAUGAAGUCAAAGAUGUAAUACACAAAUAUUCUGGUAAUGAAUUAAUAGUAUGAAUAGAUAAGUUGGAUAAAUUAGAGGAGAUUGAUGCUCAUCAAUAAAGAAAGAAUUAUAAUUAAAUGGAUUCUGCAUUAUAAGAUCUACUAGAAUAACAAUAGAAUAAAAUCAAUCGAAUAGAUUAAUACAAAGAACAUUUUGAAUACAAUGACUAUUAUUCUCCUGAUUACUAAGGUACUAAAUUUUAUAAUAAAAUGGCCAAUAUUUUAUCAAAUUGA